ACGUAGUCCGAUACGUAUAUCUUUGCCUCUACCGCCAUCUUGAUUUUCCGACUUACUCCGUACACUAGUUACAUCUGUACCUCGCGUGCUAAUCAUAUAUUGCCUUUACCCCCUUGAUACUUCCGGGUUCAAUAAAGGCGAGAAAAAAGAGGAGAGGGAAGAAGGGAAGAUAAUAAGAAGAAAUGUUAAUUGGCUUGUGUGGAGGUAUAUGCUCUGGUAAGCAUGCAAUUGCAGAGUAUCUCAUCCAGCAUCAAGGGUUCCAGCUACUCGAACUUAAAAGUAGAAAGUUUCCUCGAAUAGCUGAUGAACCUGAGGAUGAUCGACGGCUACAGGCAUCGGAGUUCACGGAUAAAGAGAGAAGUCAGUCACCGCAGCUAUUAUUUGAAAGUGCAGAAUCGCUUCUAGAUUUUGCAACCAAAAGCUGGCAAGGCCUCUGGGUAACAACAGAUAUUUGGGAGAGUGUUACCCUAGAUCGCUUUCUUCAACGCCCGUUUUUCCUCCUAGUGAGCGUCGACGCACCUGUCAGUCUCCGAUGGCAGCGAUUUGAAGAGAGGUGUCGGAGGAGGCAGCUUGAGGCCCCGCCUCUCGAGAAGUUUGUGCUCUGGAAUGAUCGACAUCUAUAUGAUAAAAAUAUCGGGCGUGUCUAUUUGACCGACCGGGCACAGGUUCGAUUGUUCAAUUCAUCGUCUUCAUUGGAGGAACUGCAUUCUGCUCUCGCGGGACUUAACCUAGCUGAUGAGGAGCGCUUACGACCAAACUGGGAUCAGUACUUCAUGCAAUUGGCAUCUCUUGCCGCGCAGCGGAGUAACUGUAUGAAGAGAAGGGUGGGUUGUGUGCUUGUUCGGGAACGCCGUGUCAUCAGUACUGGAUACAACGGAACUCCACGACAUCUCAGAAACUGCAACGAGGCAGGCUGCCCAAGAUGCAACCGAGGUGAAGGUGGAGGUGUCGGUUUGUCCACGUGUCUUUGCCUACAUGCAGAAGAGAACGCUCUGCUAGAGGCUGGAAGGGAGCGCAUACGAGAAGGCACAAUACUUUAUUGUGACACGUGCCCUUGCUUGACAUGCACGGUAAAAAUUGCCCAGGUUGGCAUUUCUGAGGUCGUAUACUCACAGGGAUAUAAUAUGGACCAAGAUAGCGCUGCAAUUCUAGAGUCCGCUGGUGUUCGCCUUCGACAGUUUUCUCCUCCUCGAAACGGACUUAUCUAUCUCGAGGGAUCAGCUAACAAUAAGCAAUAAUUGUUGUACAAAACAGUCUAGCUCUUGAAGGCACAACGGGCUUUGGAGAGUUUUGAACAAGUUUUCAGGGAUGGCAAAGGCAAUCAAAUGUGCACAGUGUGUAUAUACAUAUACAUUGUCAAUUAUGAUCUAUAUAUCUACCAUGGGAUUAUGUGAAACGACGUUUCUAUCAAGUGGUUUAUAGUAUUAGCAGGGUUUGUAACC